AACGCACUAGCCUAUGUUAUGCUAUACAGCGUGGGAAAAUUGCAGGUAGUCUGCUGCUUUACGAAGCCAGUAGCUCUGUUAAUAACUGCAUUAGCAAUGCGUCAGAUCUUAAUGAAAAAUGAGACAAUGUAUCGCCAAAGCAUUUACUUUUGUUCUGCUCUCUAUCAGACUUGUGCCCGAACAAAAUGUCGUUUCCGCAUUCCUGCAGCCCUCACAGUUUUGUAUCCAUGAUCCAUCUCAACACAGAACCGGUUUCACCUGAUUGUCAACACCACUGUUUUAGUAAACGUAGCCACUGCGUUAUCUAUGCGAAAAAACAGGUAGCCUACAUCUGAGAUGUUUCGUGGAUUUGUGUAGAAUCGAAGACCGGCUACUUUUGCGGUUUAGGCUACGCUUCGGCUUGCCUUGCCCUGCGUAAAACAAUAUUCUGGAUUCCCUGUGUUGCUCAUGUGAGGCAAAUAAAUAAUCUUGGGAUGGAGCACUGCUGUCGGACAUGCAUGCCGUGCUUGAGUAGAUUAUGGAACUGUAUUUGGCCUGAAUUCCACUACCCGAAUAUUACACGACCAUCAGAAAUUCGCACAAUUUCAGGUGAUAUCCGAAUUCCAUCUCCGAAGAAGAAGCCGACACAACUGUACGCGGCUCUGUUCGAUUUUGAAGCUCGAAGCGAAGAGGAGCUAACUGUGAAAGAGGGUGACAAAUUAUCCGUUAUUGAAAAACGAGGAGAUUACGUACUUGCCAAAAAACUGACUGGUUCUCUGGAGUCUGGUUUGGUCCCCGCUAAUUACGUGGCAUUACUACGAGAUGAAUUUGCAAAUCACAAGUGGUACUAUGGGAACAUCAACAGACAGAGUGCGGAGAAGCUCCUUCUGGCUCAGCAGAACACCAGCGGCUCUUUCCUAGUGCGGAUCAGCGAGAGCCACAGUGACGAGUACACCAUCUCAGUCCGGAAUGAAGGCAAAGUUUUCCAUUUCCGAGUCCAUCGCUCAUCCAUUGGGGCCUACUUUGUGUCUGAUAAGGUGUCAUUUGGCACCCUGGAGGAACUGGUGCGGCACUACCAGACCCAUUUCAAGAGCCUUGGGGUACCCCUGGGACAGCCAUGUACACAACCGAGAGAGCUGUUUGACAUGGAGCCUUGGGAGAGGCCAAAGGAGGAGUUCUCCUUGCAGAAGAAGCUGGGAGAGGGGCAGUCUGGAGAGGUGUGGGAAGCCCUAUGGAUCACCAAAAAUCUAAAAGUGGCUGUAAAGAUGCUGAAGCAAGAGGACACCAAACAAGACGAGUUUGUGAAGGAGGUCCAGGCUCUGAAGAGCCUCCACCACCCGAAACUCAUCCAGCUGCUGGCCCUGUGCUCCAGGGGAGAUCCUGUCUUCAUCAUCACUGAGCUCAUGACCAAGGGCAGCCUUAAGUCCUACUUGGGCUCCCCAGAGGGACAUGUGCUGACCUCGGCCCACCUGAUCUACAUGGCCAGCCAGGUGGCCGAGGGCAUGGCCUAUCUGGAGGACCGCAGCAUCGUCCACCGGGAUCUCGCUGCCCGCAACAUCCUAGUCGGCGAUGACUUGGUUUGCAAAGUAGCCGAUUUUGGGCUUGCUCGCAUUAUAAAGGACAGCGUUUACACAGCCAGCAGGAACACUAAAAUCCCUGUGAGGUGGACGGCCCCUGAGGCGGCCCUACACCAGCGCUUUUCCGUUAAAUCUGAUGUCUGGUCCUUCGGGGUGCUGCUUUACGAGAUGAUGUCGCGAGGAAAGAUGCCAUAUGAUGGUAAGAGUAACAAGGAGGUGUUGGAUAUCCUUGCUUCGGGGUACAGGCUACCCUGCCCGGGUAGGUGCCCUUCGAAUAUCUACCACAUCAUGAUGGAGUGCUGGCAUGCAGACAGUGCCAAGCGACCCUCCUUCCACUCCCUGCACAGCCAGCUGGACAACAUCUAUGCCAGGAUCUACUUCAAGACCAUUGAGGUGUAGCGCAAGGGAAGAGGACUGACUGCACUGAUGCACACAAACACACCAGGACUGUUCUACUUUGGAUUCAAAUUUUAUUUUUUGCCGCCAAAGACAGCUUACAAUUGUAUUUUUAAUGAGGAUAUGUGCAAUAAUGAUCUUCAGAUGUUGACUGUGAGCUCAGAGAUCAAGUGUGAAUGAGUGGAGCAGAGGUUGUUCCACUGUUACUGUCCCUCAGGUUUAGUCCACCCCGUGUCACAGGGUGGAAAUGUCAUUCAUCAGAGAGUGCCAAUGUUUACACAUACUAGACUUCCUGAAAGUGCACUGUACAACAAAUUCUAGCAGAAUGGAGAAGAGUGCAAUUACGGGACCGCAAUGACGAGUUGCUGUCAAAUGGUAGUGCUUUAAGACAAAAACCGACACAUAGAAACCUAAUUUGUGUGAUCUGAGCCAUUGUUCUGACAAGAGGAUUUUGAUUUUAUUUCCCCUUUGUAUUCUUGCAUCUAUAUUGUUGCAAAAUUGUUAUAUAAAAUAUACUUAAGAAAUUGUCCUGGAAAUAAAUUUAAUCGUCGCUUAUAAAGAUGUGGCUUGCAUAAUGAUGUACUUUAUCAGAAUAAAGUUAUUUUUAAGUAAA